AUGAUGAAUGUAUCUGAGAAUAUGACUGAUUGUAGUUCGACGGUAGAUGUUCGCGCUCGACGUAGAAAACUUCAUACUGAAGCAGAACAGCGCCGUAGGGACGCAAUAAAGCGCGGCUUUGACAGUUUACUCGAGCUCAUACCCUCUACGAAAGCCGGUGCGGCCAAUUCACGUUUUAGAAUGAGCAAAGCGACUAUUUUAAACAGAUGUAAUUAUCUUAUUUCACAUUAUCUUGUAGCCAUUUCUAUGAUACUUAAAGGAUCGAAAAUUCAGAACCAAAAACGCAUGGAAAUUGAAAUGCUUAAAAACAAGGUUCAAGCUCUAAAAAUUCUUAAAUCAAGUUACGAACGUAUGUCAAGUGCCUCUAACUAUACGACAGAAAACGAGGAUACAGCAAUAACUGAACAGUAUAAACUUCAACUUUUUCAAAUGUUUAUGGAAAGCCUAUUUCAAUCUUUCGAUGCCACUGUCACAGAAUCGACUUUUUCUGUACUAUCAGAUCAAAUUGUUAAUUGGCUUGAAAAUACAUGCAAACCUGAGUUGUUACAUCGUAUCAUGGAGCAUUUAUUGGAUACCACUCUACAAGAUGGAUAUAAUAUACCGAACUCCCAGCCACAAAGAACACAACAAGCUCCCCCUCAACCCCAAAAUACAAUGUUUGAAGUCCAGACAGCUACUGAUUGUAUGGGAGAGCAGCCGAGAAUACCAUCUAAUUCCUAUCGCCGGCAAUCAUCAAAACCUUCCAAUAGUCUUGAGGCCUCACACGAAUCACCUUUUCUCACACCAGAUUCACCUAUGAAUGUGCCUGAUUGUUAUCAACAGUCAUCUGCCCCAGGUUUUCAACGUGUUGUCUUUGACCCAUCCCCUACCUUUGAGACACCGCACUCCAUUUAUUCUGAUCAGUCUCAGCAGCAUUUACAGCAACAGUCGGGUUAUAUGCGUCAUCAACCCCUCUUUCAAAUGCACAGUUAUCAGUCAUCAGAUGGUGGGAACGCUGGUAAAUUUUCAAUGGAGAUGCCAUCAAAUCCUCUUCAACGACAUUCGUCGGUUACAUCUCCUUCACAAUCUUCUCUCUUUCAACGAUCGCCAGGCUAUAGCGGAAUAUGUACCAAUCGAAGUUUGGUGGUAAACAGUUCUCUUCCAGCACAUAAUUUAGGGGCAGUUACUUCUUACGUUUCUCACCAACAAGAGGGCUUAUUUACAACACCACAAGUGCCGUAUAGUAGUGGCGUUGGUGGUGAUCACAUGCUAUUACCGAGUGGAACUUUUACGAAACAGAAUCCAUUUUAG